AUAAGGGAGUGCAGUGCAACAACCAACCUCACAGCUAAUUAGUUCAACCCUUGACAAAAGGUGGGCCAGCCACUGAAGAGAACCCCCGGGGGCCGGCGUAAUAAGGCUCCACAGAUAGCUCUGGGACUAGAGACGAGAAUGCUAAUAGGGGACCUCCACAUGUUCACCCUUUCUGGAGCUUAACUGAUGUUUUGAACUUCUGUCGAGCAUGUGAGAGCUGGAGACGGGGGAUUGCUGUAUAGGACGUGUGAGACUUGUAGUUGGAAAUCAUGUCUGGACCAGAUUCUGAUGAUGAUAGGACCUUCAAAGACUUGAAUGUUGUGCGAAUGCUUCACAAGUUUUGGGAGCAGAAACAAGUGAAAGGUGUGAUGAUGGAGACAGAGAAUCUGAUAGUCUAUGAGUCCAUUCCCUCACCAAGCCCUCCCUACACGUGCUACGUCACCUUACCAGGUGGCAGCUGCUUUGGAAAUUUUAAGUACUGCUACAGUAAAGCAGAGGCCAGACGUGAUGCAGCUCGUAUCGCUCUGAUGAACUCCACGUUUAAUGAGUUGCCCUGCCGCCGCAUCACUCCUGAGUUCAUAUCACGCAGCGUGAAGGAAGCCGUCAGCACCACUAGCGGUAACAUUUCAGAUGCAUCUGACCCCAGUACUAGUAUAGGAGCAUACUGCCUCAUGUUGGAGCUGAACAUUGGGAGAACCAUGCUGGAAUUUCAGGAAAUAAUGACAGUUUUUCAACUGUUGCACUGGAAUGGUACUCUGAAGGCAUUUCGGGAGAUGAGAUGUAGCCGUCAGGACGUCAUCCACUACUACUCACAGCAGCGUUUGGAUGAGCGUACACGCAGCCACAUGGCACUAGACUGGUUACAGAAAGAGCAGAAAUCCUCCGGUCUGCUAUCCCAAGAGCUGCAGCUGGCCGUGAAGGAGCUGGCGGAGGCCAGGAGAACGGGCAGGGAACUCCGCUUCUACAAGGAGAAAAGAGAAAUCCUGAGCUUAGCCCUCAGUCACACUAAUGCUGAGGAUCUGGGAGGCUACCACAGUGAAGAGAUGUCCUGGAGAGAAGAAACUGAAUUCGAGUACUAUGCUCAGGAGGGACUCUGUCUGGAGGUGACUGAUCAUUCAGAGCACGGGCAGUUUCCCUCUCAGGGGAGUGAUGGAGAAUCAGUGGAGUGAGCUAUAUACAAUGAAUAUACUGUACAUAUUGGACUUUUUUUAUGUUUUUUUUUUUUAAGUGUUUCAUGUGGCGCAUCAUUACAUUGUUCAGGCUUCUUUCAUAACAUUAGAUGAUUUUAGCAUGUAUUUUUAUUUACAUUAGGCUACAUGUUGAAACACAAAGGACAGUAGAUGUUCUGUACAAGUAAUUUAAGAAAAAUAUAAACAUGCAGGUGUUUAAUUUCUAUAGAUCUUUGGAGACUAUAGCUAGGCCAAUCUGUUGUAGCACAAGGACAUUUGCAUUGUCGUCAUUUUGUUAUUCUGCUAGUCUACCAGUAGAGGGCGCUGUUUCUGUACUUUUUUUAACAUGAAGAGCCGUGUUCCUAACUGAACAGGACAAAGCGCUAAACGCACUAUCGUUAUUCAUUAAACGCCCUUGACUGGAACUGUGAUUAGCUCCUUUUUUAUUCCAAACAAAUGCACACACCUAAUCUUUUGCAGAAGAAAUUGUGAAUAGAUGUAUCUCUCUUUGCAAUGUUUUGAUUAAAUGGCUUCCUGUGA